UUUACUCAUGUGAGCCACGCCCCUCACUUCAGAACCACACCCUGCUUUCGAUGUUAGCAGGGUAUGGAGGGUCGAGCCCGCCGCGUCCUUCUGGUCAAUUUGGCCAAGAUAAAGGAGUCAAAGUUUGAUCCUGUCUGGUUAGCAGAGGAGCUGUUUGCGGCUGGAAUCGUUGGAGAGGAGGAAAGAGUAGCUGCUAAGGAUGAAACGGUUUCCAAAGAGCACCGAUGGGACGAGCUGCUGGACUUGGUUAUGGGGAACGGAGGGGAGAGCGUGUUCCAGACCUUCGUGAAUAUAUUAUCCAGCAAACGGCACAUGCAUUGGCUUGCUAUGGAUCUUAAAGAUGAGUUCCUGAGGCAAGGAGGAGUGUGGAUGAAGGAAGAGCCAGUCAGGAUAUCUGAUGAUAUACCAGAGCCAGGUGCAGCAACCCAAACUAUAAUACCUGCUGGUGACUCUUUGGAUGUCCUAGAUAAGAGGCUAAACAAAGAUGACGCCGUUAACAUUGUUCGACAAUUACUUGAUGUACAGAACAAGGCAAUAACUUUAGGUCGGCUACUAAAAUUACCUAGAGCCAUUAUAGAGGUAACUCCUCAGCUGACCGGUGAUCCUCAGGCUCCUAUUUUCUAUAUGAUUGAUGAGUUUCUGAAACAAGUUGAUCCCAGACCAACGUGGAGGCUGAUCCUGAAUGCCUCAGAGAUCCGCUAAUUGGGGAACAUAGCCUGGCUCAGGAGAUAGAAGUGUCUCUAGCAAAGGACAUGACUUCUCCCCUUCUUCCUGCAACUUCUCUUUCCCAGUCCUCAUUUCCUACUUCAGUCUCCCACUCCACUUCCCCUACUGAUGUGCUCCAAUCCACUACUGCUGCUGCUGCACCCCUUCCAGCAUUAACUGCAGACUCCCAGUCAUUAUCAGUUUCACAGUCUAUCUCGACCGUUUCAGUCUCCAGGUCUAAGUUACCAGGAACAGGCUCUAGAUCUCCUGGAGAUUCCACUCAAUGGACAAAGAGACACUCUCGCCCCACUCAUCAAGCCGUGAGACAUAGAUCCCAGGAAAUGGCUAAACCUGCUCAGACUCAUUUUAGAGCUCUCAGUCCUGCCUCCACUAGUGUGGUCCAUAAGUCAAGGUCACGGGACCAAGUUCUGGGUCUCUUAGAAAGAAAGUUCAUUACUCAACAAAGGGGACUGCCUCCCAGAAGUUAACAGCAGUUGUGGCAAAGCCUCAACCAAGUGGACAUCGUUCUCAAGAAAAAGCAACCUUAGGUGCUGUUGUGGUCACUCUCUAUGGCUGAAACACAGCAUAGCACUAAACAUAAAAACCCAGUGGACAGCAGAGCUCCAGUGUAGUAUCUAGAACUACACAUGGCAUCAAAGCGUUAGUGCAUCAAGAACACGGGAAAGUGGAGGCUCUGCAGUUUAUUCCUCAUCUUUACCACUGCAGUCGCUCCCACUGCAUCAUGACAUGUCCACUGUCUGCUGACUUUACAGUGUGGUAUGGCCGAAGUACAGCAUAGUUAUAUGCAAAGGCUUCUAUGCGAGGUUUCGAUUGGAUUUUGCAGAAUGCAUGUUUAUAUAUCGGUUCCAUUGGUUCGAAAUGGAGUUCAGUUUCACAUUUUGAUGUUACGUGAACUUUUGACAAUGCUCCGAGCAUCAAAAUGCUAGUCGAACAUGGAAAACUACUUUUCUGAAGAUCAUGUAGGGAAUUGUUGGCAAAUGUAAUCAGUACCGUCCC